GUUUCUUAGUUCCAACUAGCACUUGAACGCGGCACGAUUCCUAGCCAAGUGGACGAUGUCAGUUUCUCAUAUAAAGGAAUUUAUGACAUUUUUAGAAUUUUACAACAUGCUUUAAAUAUAAUAGUUUGCUCGAAUAGAGCAGUAUGCAUGUCACGGAAUUGUGUUGAAUGCCCUAACGUUACAUAGGGGGGAAAAAACGUGUUGGAAGUCCUAGCUAGCUAGUUAACGUUACUCGGACGGAGGCUAGCUGAAACGACCACCAUGAGAGGCAACGAGAAGACGUGGAAAGUUUACUCCGAACCAAAGAUAACAGAGGGGUGACAAUAUUGCAGUACCACGAUACACCGGAGGACUUGGUGUCUGGGUAUGUCACACGAGUAACUCCACAGAGUUCCGAGCCACGCCUCGAGGGGAGAGAGAGCUGUCAACCAGGCAGUUGAGACAUGAUUUGGUUCUUUCAUCCGACAGAAUGGUACAAGUCAUAGCCAACGUGUGUUGUUUUGCUCUUUGAGCAAAGAGGUUGGAGUUGGAGGUAUCCCGAUGUGGGUAGUGCCUUGGCGGGCUGGGAGGGAACGAAUUAAUGAAAGGCAUAGGGUAGCAUAAGAGCGCAUUCUCUUCCAGUGUCUAACAGCGCUGUCAAUACUUCACUUCACAAUUUGGAGCUAGGACUCGGGAGUUCGGCGAACAUUGGUGCUCUAGCUACACAGGACCAGCCAGCUGUCUGAUGUUAUGUUUUAUUUUAUGAAAUUAAACCAGCUCUACGAAGGUUGCUUAUUGAAGUGCAGGUCCUCAAAGAGAUAACUCGUGGUCACUUCUCUAUUUGGCUGCUGUGAGGGAGGCCAGUGCUGUUACUGGUGAGCAUUGAGACUUCUCCACCCCAGAAAGACAGACGGACGGAGUUCCCCUGUUCUCCUUUUCAUGGAUGCCAGGCUGGCCCUGCUGCAGCUUGGGACUCUCCUGGUCCUCCUGUCCGCAGCACUGGAGUUGACUGCUAAGCUGACUGCUGGAGAGGAGGUCUACACUAACACCUGGGCGGUCCACAUAGAGGGGGGACCGCAGGAGGCUGACCGAAUUGCCAGGAAACACGGCUUCAUCAACCAUGGCAAUGUGUUCGGGGAUUAUUAUCACUUCCGUCAUCACACCGUAGUGAAGAAAUCCCUAUCAGGCCACAGGGGAACAUAUGUCCGACUGCAGAAGGAACCACAGGUGCGUUGGGUGGAGCAGCAGGUGUCGAGGCGGAGGAAAAAGAGGGAUGAUUACAACGAACCUUCCGACCCCAAAUUCCCCCAGCAGUGGUACCUGGUGAGCAAGUCCAACCCCAGCGAAGCAGACCUGAAUGCCAGGGGAGCGUGGUCCCAGGGGUACACUGGGAGAGGAGUGGUGGUCACCAUCCUGGAUGACGGCAUAGAGAAAGACCACCCAGACCUUGCCUCCAACUACGACCCUGAUGCCAGCUAUGAUGUUAAUGAUGGAGACUCUGAUCCCCAGCCACGCUACACACAGCGCAACGAGAACAGACAUGGAACACGGUGUGCUGGUGAGGUUGCUGCGGCUGCCAACAACGAUGUUUGUGGGGUGGGCGUGGCCUACAACGCCAAAAUUGGAGGUGUGCGUAUGCUGGAUGGAGAAGUGACAGAUGUGGUGGAGGCCCACUCCCUCAGCCUCAACUCACAGCACAUCCACAUCUACAGCGCCAGCUGGGGCCCAGAGGAUGAUGGGAAGACGGUAGACGGCCCCGCCAAGCUGGCCAAGGAGGCAUUCCUCCGAGGAGUCACUGAGGGCCGCGGCGGGCUGGGCUCCAUCUUUGUGUGGGCGUCGGGGAACGGUGGUCGUGAGAAGGACAGCUGUAACUGUGAUGGUUACACCAACAGCAUCUACACCCUGUCCAUCAGCAGCACCACCCAGUACGGCAUGGUGCCCUGGUACAGUGAGGCCUGCUCCUCCACCCUCGCCACCACCUUCAGCUCUGGGAACCCUAACGAGAAACAGAUAGUGACCACAGACCUGAGACAGAAGUGUACAGACACCCACACGGGGACGUCAGCAUCGGCCCCCCUGGCUGCUGGGAUCAUCGCCCUGGCUCUGGAGGCCAAUAUGAACCUGACGUGGCGGGACAUGCAGCACUUGGUGGUGAGAACCUCUCACCCCGCCCACCUCAGCACUGACGACUGGAGGACCAAUGGAGUGGGCCGCAAAGUGAGUCAUUCGUAUGGGUAUGGUCUGCUGGAUGCGGGGGCCAUGGUGGCUCUGGCUCAGAACUGGACUAGCGUGGGCCCACAGCACCAGUGUGUCCUCACCAUGCUCUCAGAGCCGAGGGACAUAGGUAGCCGGCUGCUGUUCAGUAAGACAUUGGACUCCUGCUGGGGCAGACCAGAGUAUGUCAACUCUCUGGAGCAUGUCCAGGCCCGCCUCACUCUCUCCUACAACCACAGAGGAAACCUGGCUAUACACCUCAUCAGCCCCCAAGGGACACGCUCUACCCUGCUGGCUCCCAGGCCUAAAGACUAUUCGCCAGAGGGAUUUAUUGACUGGGCUUUCAUGACCACCCACAUGUGGGAUGAGGACCCUCGAGGGGAGUGGACCCUGGAGAUCGAGAACGUCUCAGAACAAGGACACGACUAUGGUGAGUUGAGUCAGUUUACUCUGAUCCUGUACGGUACGGGCUCCAGCUCAAAUAACCCCUCGUCUCCUGACUUCCCCCGGCCUUCCAACAACAGCUGCAAGACCUUCGACACCCAGCAGAUCUGCAUCGAGUGCAGCCUAGGCUUCUCCCUGUUCCUGCAGGGUUGUGUGAAGCUCUGCCCCCCCGGCUUCACCACAGGCCCCCAGCUCCUCAACAUGUCCCUGGACAACUGGGUGGACUUGUCCUCCGUCCAGUCCUGCCUGCCAUGCCACCCUGCUUGCCUCACCUGUUCCGGCCCCGGGCCCAGCGAUUGCCUCUCUUGCCCCCCUCACAGCCACCUGGUCCUCACCGCCUGCCUGCACCAGAACCAGAUCCAGCGCAAGUCCCCCACUGGCCCCGACCUCCAGGGAGAUGUGGGUGGACCAGGGGAAAGCCCAGUGGGGUUAGAGCAGGAGGGAGGUGGGGGAGUGGGGGAGCCUCCAGGACCUAGCCUGGCCCUGUCCUCCCCUCUGGCCACCCUCCUGGCUGUGCUCAGCUGUGCCUUCAUCCUGGCAGCCUUUGCCGGGGUCUUUUUUAUGCUGCAGCUGCGCUCUGGUGGCGCCCCUUGGGCCCGGAGGACCAAACUGCAGUCUGUGGAGACGGGGGGAUGGGCCUCGGGGGGCUUCGGCCUGGGGCUAGGCUGGGAGAGGCAGGGCAGGGUAUCCUAUAAGGGGAUCCCCACCGUGUGGGUUGACGAGGACCAGGUAACAUUGGGGGGCUCUGAUUCCGACAGUGAAGAGCUGAACUGCCACAGUGAGAGGACAGCCUUUAUCAGGACACAGAGCUCUCUCUAGCCCCCUCUCUGACCCCUACGUCUGGAGGAAACUCUCUUCAGAGGGUUUGGUCUCUCCAGCCCCUCCCUCUACUAGAGCUCAUGGGUCUGUAGUGUGAGUCUGGUUAAGGCAUUGUCCCUGGCUGAUAGACAGAGAUUCUGAUCCAGGGAUGUAAUGGCUCAGCCCAGCAAGCACCUCCUGGUCCACUGAUUCACCCUCAAGCAUUAAUCAACUGAAAAUGUUUUUGUUUUAUAAUGAUAUAUAUAUAUAUAUAAGAUUAUUUGCCCUGGCCCAAGGGUCAAGGUAAAGUACAGUUUUCACUAUUAUUUCCCAUUGACCUUUAGUUUAUUGUAGAAAGGCCAAUUUCUGUAUUUUGAAAGUUGCAUAUCUUGAAAACUUGAUUGCUGUGACAUGCAAAACAUUUUGGGACUAUAUCAACAAUGGACUAAUGAAACAAAAGAUCGUUUUGGGGUGGAGUUUUCCUUUUAGCAGACGUCGAUAGAGAUGUCGCAUGUAUUAGUAUACGUGUGUGUAUACGUGUGCCUGUGUGACAGUGACUUUGUAGACAAGAACUGAAUAGCCUCCCAACACAGUUUCUGAUUGGAUGAAGACCACAACAGGGUUUUAUUUAAUGUAUGAGAAAGAGAGAACGUUGCAGAUUUGGGCACUGAUAAAUGCCUACAUUUGAACGCAGUGGCUGUACAGUAACAUGCUACACAUGACGUCAGACCUCAAGCUCUGCGCUUCACAGCGCCGAAUGGGUUUCGACUGACAGCCGUUCUGCACUUGAACACCGCACGCGAUAUGAAGUUGCCCCAAUCUCGCUCACUAAUUGGGCAACUUUUUUUGUUGACUGAGUGAGGGAAAGCUGUAAAUUAAUGAGACUAUGUAUUUUGAAAGAUGAGACGUUGAGGAUUAUAACUAAAUACUGUUUUGAUGUCAUACAAGCAAGCCAAACACCCAUGAGUCCAAAUGUGUACUUCACAUUUCCGUAUAUGAUCUACAUUUAAGGUACAGUUACAAGAUCACAUGGCGUCUUACCCUGGGUUAUUCUGAACAGAAUGUGCAUAUGUUUGUCUACUGUGAAGAAAAUUUGACGCAGCACACGCACCUGAAUGCACUCAUGACUCCUUUCUAUGCGUACCAAAAUAACGAUCUGUUUCCCUGAAUUGCAUUUUGAAAGCCUAAAACUGUAAUAUCGUGUUUUAUAAUUUAGCUAGUCAUGUUGGCAAUAGAACAAUCUUUCAAAUUCAAAUUACCUGACCCAGAUUGCGAUUUAUAAUGGUUUUUGGAUUGCGUAAACAACACCAGUAAUUGUGUAAUGGCGGGGACAAUGGGUUGUGUUCCAAACAAAACAACUUCAAGUGUGCUUGCUCUAGUUCCUCAACGGCACAUCUAGGAGAGCUCAAAACAGCACCUUAUAGUUGAAGGCUGUUCUUUGAGUCAUAUAAGUGCAUUGAAAUUACUUAGGAAACGUGCACGCUUUGGAGAGGUGUGUGGCCACUUGGAGACACCAGUUAGUCCUCUCACUCUCACAGUAGUGCUAAGCGAUUUUCGAUGUCGGUUUCAAUUGUUUUUUACAUUAAAUGCUCUAUGCAUUAUGUAGGUCGAAUGCUGUAACAACACAGAAUAAAACAAUUAAUAAAAGACAAUGAUGGUAGUGACUGCCCAUUACUGUUUAUCACUUAUGAACCAUCAUUUAUUCACAUUACUUUAAUAAAAUAUUUAAGUUGUUGUGUAUAUUACAUUUGUUUUAUUUUAUGACUUUAUUAUUUCAUUCCAUGUCAUCAUCUCAUCUCUAUAGAGCUGCUGCCUAUGCUGUCUGACAAAAUCACUUUUUUGUAGUUCUUCAAAGUAAAUAAGGCAUACUUUUAUGACUGCUGAAUACCAACUAUCAAUCACUUAGAUCAUGUAUUUUCAGGUAGAGACACCACGCUAAGCAACAGCUGCUCUCUAUAUUCCCUCAGGAUCGCGCAUUCUUCUCUCUCCCGUAGCUGUCAUUUAAGAAAGACCGACUGAACAAGUAGAUGAGCAAUGGAGUAUGGUGAUUGUAGUUAGUUCAGCGCAUAAAACGUGGAAAUUAUGUAGGAUAUUGGCCAAUUGGAAACCACAACUCCCUACUACAUCACACAGUUCAGGCUGGAUCGGGAUUAUCUCUAGAGAAACUGAGUGAUGUGAGCGUUGAGUUCACAGAUAAUUUUAUUUAUUUUUUUACGAACGACUACGGUCAAUUAGUUGUUUGAAAACUGAAAAAUAACUGACAUUUUGGUUAAUCGCUCAGCAUUAAUAGACAGUGUAAUGUUUUGAUUCAGUCAGAUGAACUGUUGUGUCCUCACCUUUCAGUCUUAGAAUUUUCCCAUAAUCUCCAAACUGUUCCUUUCAAUUGCUUCCAUGGUUAUGCAUAUGCUUUUAAUAUUUAUUCUGUAAGAAAACUUUCAAUUUAGCCCUAUCAAUAGUCCCACGAGUGUAAGGGGUUAGGCCCAAUGCAGAUGUUUUUUUCUCAAUAUCAAAUAAUUUUUGGGUAACAAUUGAGUACAUUACUGUGAUAAUUUUGUUUUCAAUCAAAUGGUUAAAAAAAAAACUCUUAGCAAGAGCAAUUUCUCAAACAAUAAUUUUGCUAGGACUGUUUGGGAGUGGUCUAAGUGGGGAGAGGAAAACUAGCUGUUAUUGGCAGAGGUUUGGAACGCUCAUUCUUAUUGCCUGGUGAUGUCAGCAGGUAGGCCAAAACUCCAUCCAACCAAAAUAGUGUCUUUUCAAACAGCUCUUACACUAAAAGGGCAUUAUCAACCUUUUUUACAAUUUCACAGUAUUAUUCCAAUCUCGUAGUGUGGCAAUAUACAUAAAACAUAGGAGAAUCACAUUUUUGACUGCACUGGGCCUUCAAAAACUUUUUUUGUGACACUUUUUCCUACCGUUUGUUUUUUGAGUUUCCUACUCUUCUCCAUAAUCAGUGGGCUCCAGCAUUUCUUAAUCAGCUAAUAAAACCCCAAUAUAGACAGCACAUCAAAAAUACAGCACAUACUUUUUUGGUAUAUUCUUCAAGGUUUUGAUAACUAUUGAGCUUUAGCUUAGCAAUAUUGUCACCAACAGCUUACAAGCACUUAAUACCAAUAUAGAGAAUUGUUGAAAGGCCAAACUUCUAGUAUUGUGGUUUUGGGAUGUAAGUAGAAAGCUCAUGCAUCAAUCAGCAAACAGACACACUACAGAACAAGUGGGUGAAGGGAUGACAGGUAAUAUUAGUCAGACACUUUUUUCAUUUGCACAGUGGGUUACUUAGAGGGAUUACCAACCCUGCAGUACUGUGUUCCCAUCUUUCUGAUGUAGAAGAUGACAAAAAAAAAACACUUAACCCAAAGCUAUUUGACCUUCUCAACAUGUCUCUAUUCUCUUGCUAUCGGCAAGAAAUAAGAUAAUUUUGUCUUCAUUUUCCCCACGGAGGCUCUAUUGAUUUUCAGGGUUUGUUUCUCUGCCAAGUCUUUAUCAGUGGAAAAAAGAUAAUAGCUUUCUCUUGUUAUUACACAUUUCACAUAUUUUGACAAGCAAAUAUAUUGGCCUGCAGGUAUUUGCAGUCAGGCAUUAUUAAGUUAUUUGUCAACUUUAAGAACAUGUAUUUUGGAAAGGUCUAUACAAUCAAAGCUCUUGAGUAUUGUAUGUGAUAAGAACUGCUAUGGUGAAAUGUUUAUAGAUCAGUUACAGCAUAUUUUAAAUAGAUUGUAUUUUCUAUCCUUUUCUAUUUUAUCCUUUUUUAUUUAACUGAUGAUUGAUGUCAAUAUUGUGGGGAUAAAUGUCAUGCUAAAAUAAAAAUGACUUUGUAGGUCAUGUGAGAUGAAA